UAAAAUAAAGUUUAAUCAAAUGAAUACUUUGGCCAAUUAUCUCAAAGUUGACACACACUGACGGUUGCCUUUUUAGCAGGAAAUGAUGAUACUUGUAGUAUUUUCAAGCCACAAAGACGCCCCUUCAAAUGAGCAAUGUCGCUAGUUUGAACUACAUUUCCCAGAACCUCCUUGGUUAAACCGUUUGACACGCGACAGACGCUUCUUGUCUUUCACACCACAGUCUUCAGCUAGUAGAGUUGUUAGCUUACGCUAGGUGUUGCCUGAGGAGACAGGAUGGGUGUAUCAGAUUUAAAAUGCGACACAAAUGCUGGACCUGUGGUGGAUCUUUCAGCCCGGGGUAUGCAAAAGCUGGAUCCUAGUUUCACCUGCUCCGAGGACACUCACACUCUCAUCCUCGACCGUAACCAAAUAAUGAAACUGGACCAUCUGGAAAGGAGUCCUGGCCUUCAGCAGCUAUCUGUAGCUAGUAACCGUCUGGUGAGAAUGAUGGGCGUGUCUCGGCUAACAGAGUUGACAGUCCUUAAUCUUCCCAAUAACAGUAUUGGAUACAUCGAGGGGCUAAGAGAUCUGCCACACCUCAAAUGGCUCAACCUGUCUGGGAACAAUAUAAAGGUCAUUGAGCAAUUAAACAACUGUGUUUCCCUUCAACACCUGGAUCUGUCUGACAAUAACAUAUCUGCCAUUAGUGAUGUGACUAAACUGGUGGCCUUAAAGACUCUGUUACUCCAUGGAAACAGCGUUACAACACUUCGUACUGUGCCUGCUCACCUACCUGCCCAUUUAUCUAUUCUCUCCCUGGCAGAAAAUGAGAUAAGGGAUCUUAAUGAAGCAUCAUACCUGGCACCUCUUCAUGAACUGGAGCAGCUGUCCAUUAUGAGCAACCCUUGUGUAAUGCCAACCCCCUCAUUGCCAGGUUUUGAUUAUCGUCCAUAUGUCAUGAGUUGGUGUUUGAUUCUGAAGGUCUUGGAUGGCUAUGUGGUGUCACAGAAAGAAGGUCUCAAAGCAGAGUGGCUCUACAGUCAGGGAAAAGGACGUUCAUAUCGACCAGGUCAGCAUGUUCAGCUGGUUCAAUACCUGGCCACUGUUUGCCCUCUGUCGUCAUCACCAGCCCUGGAGACGGCAGAAGACGCCAAACUGGAGAAGAUCCUCAGUAAACAGAGGUUUCACCAAAGGCAGCUGUUAGAGGAGAACCACGGAGGCUGCCCCAGCCCUCCUCGUCCAACUCAGCUAGAUGUGGAAAGUCACAGUCCUUCACAUCCAGUCCCACACGGUGGAGCCAGAGAGGUGAAGCAAAUCAAUGCACCUGCACCAGCAGCUGCUCCAUCAGUCCGGGAGACUGAGCCAGUCGUGCAGUUUAACACCUGGAUGAGCUGUGAUUCUUCCCACCCAUCAUUGCCGGUAGUUCGCAGCCCAAGUGUCAGAGACGAGCACAUCUACUUGGAGGAUGUGCAGACAGAUGAGGAGAAAUUCAAUGGCAGCAUGCUAUCCUCCGAGUCCACCUUUCUCCCCUUCAGAUCUGAUCUGGAGCCACAAACGAUACACUCUGACAGCGAGGACGAGACAGAGACAUUUGAACUAGAUUCCCUUGCUCCGAAGCACCCAGCACAGCCCAAAAAGCACAACACAAACGAGACACAUCAUUCACCCCCAGUGAAUAAGCAAGAGGGAGGUCUUGAAGAGGAAGUUAUUUCUGGUGCAGCUGGAUCACUGGAGGUCAGAGUUAGCACACCACAAAGUGAUCUGGAAACAUCAUCUGACUUUGGUAAAGCAGAGACAAAAGAAGCCCCCAAAAAGGAAGAAGUUGGUAUGUGUGCCAGUAAAACAAAUGUGAUGGAAGCAGACAGGGCGGCGGUUAAAAUACAGUCAUGGUGGAGGGGAGCGCACACUCGGUGUUGUCACCCUGUGGCCAGAGAGGUGCGCUGUGAAAUCCGCCUGCGCAGGAUGCAAGACCACAUCCUCUCCCUGUCUGGAAAGUUAGACAGGGUGCAGCAGCAGUAUGAAGAAGAGAGGUUACAAAGGCUGGUUCAGGAGGAAGCUGUAAAGUUUCUGUGGAAACAGCUCCAGUCCAUGCAGCAGUGGAAGCAGUCUGUGGAGCAGCAGCUGGCUAAUGUUAGUCAGGCCAUCACCCCAGCUCAGAUCUCAGCUCCUGGACUAUGUGUGCCCGUCCCGCCUGUUUCAUCCAACACAACGAUCCCACCCGGCACAGACACCUCGUUGCCAGACGCCUCGUUGCCAGACUCCGGCUUCCAGUCAACAAGUGAUCAGGCAGCGCAGGAGGACAGCUUCCUGAGCAGUGGGACAGCAGACUCUCUGAAGACGGUGCGAGCACUGAGCCCUGUUCGAGGUGGCUUUGCUGGUGUCAGCGAUGGUGUGGACAGCGCAGACUGCAGCCUGUUGGAGCAGUACCUCUCGUCUGUACAGCAGAGGGAGGAGGAGGCUGAGGAGGUGAUCAGUGAUAGAACAGAAACACCACAGCACUCCUCACCAGUAUCACCCAGCAAAACAGCACAGCCCGACUCCCCCCUGCAGAAGGCAGCAGACAAGCAAUCAGAAGUGCAAAGUACGAAGGAAACUGUCUGAGUCCACACCCAACAGACACCUGUACAGAACUACUGAGUGUGUGUGAAUUGGCAGUGACUGCAGGAUCGAUGCUCCCUCUUGAGACUUUGUCUGAAAACAGCACUCACGCAGUGCACUUAGUUUCCUUUAUUUAUCAAGAUUGAUUGAGAGGCUUACUUACUCACUUACUGUGAUUGUAAAUAAAAAAAAUGAUAUGGAUAUGUUCUGUUAUGUAACCUCUCUGUGUAAAGACAAUUAUUGUGAUGUAGCUUCAGAACAUUAGUAGCUUGAAAGCAAUCAUUGUAUGACGAAACACAGCGAGUAGGUUGCUACCUCUUCUGAUUAAAAGACCAGGGAUGGUAUAUCCUGUUUUCUUUACCAAUAUCCGCUGUAUUAAAUACAUGUGACAAUUAAUCAGAUUAGGAGUUGUAGAACAUAAUGCACUUGUAACCACAGAUAUAUACUAUACAUGAAACAACAACCACACUAUCUAUUAUCACAUACACUAGCUGUUUUUAUCGACUUUAGAUCACAUCUCCUGAAAACAUUGUAGCUUCUUUAUCUUAACAAAUGUAAAUAAAUUAUUUUCCAA